AUGCUCUAUGAUAUUGCACUUCUUAUGGCCACUUAUGCAUAUCGAAAUGAUCAGAAUAUUCCAUUUGCCUAUUUAAUUGUGAUGAAUGUUUGUGGAGUUUUGUGUAAAAUUGCAUUUAUUACCGACUUUGUUACCUAUUUGGUGCUACCGUAUUAUGAAUAUUUGGCCUACCGUGAACUUCUCGGACGAGAAUUCACUAUGCUUGGGACUCUCACCUAUUUCAUCCCGAUGUGUGUCAGUGUACUGAUGACACUGAACCGAUUUUUCAUUGUUCUACGACCGACUGAUCAGAGAGCAUUCGGACAAAAACGCAUAUUUUUCUACAGUUUUUUGAUAUUGAUUCUGUGCUUCACCCUUCUUCUCAUUCCCCGUUUAUCUUACUGCCCUGUAAACUUCCUUGCUAGCACACUCGUUUUCUUAACUGCCUGUGCUCCUGAAAGACAUCCUGUCACGAAAUUUACCAACAUCAACGCCAUUUGGGUUCCAACUACUCUUCUCGUCAUCAACUUGUUGAUGGUGCUCCAUCUAAAAGCCAAUCGAUAUGAUAUCUACUCCAGAAUCCGUCAGAAGUCGUCAGUUAUUUCAAUGUCGUCUUCUAACUCGUUGGCUCAAAGUCAGAUUCGAAGGGAGCACAUGUUGAUGCGACAGACUGUGGCGAUUACUGUAGGCCUAUCGUUUUAUGAAGUUGGAUCGCUUUUGAUGAGAACGUUCCCAGACACAUACAACAGUCUCCCCCAACAAGUUCGGGAUCUCACUUUUUAUUUUCGCCUCGAGACAAUUUGUGCUAUAAACUUCAUCGUCUAUUAUAUGGGGAGCCCAUCAACCAGAAAAAUGCUCAAAAAAUAUUUUCGCUCCGGAGAAUUGAAAAGAGAUUUGAAACUCGAUGCAUUUGGGAAACUUCCUUCAUCUGGUCUAUUCGAAAUACCUCUUGUGUUUGAUGGGUCUUAUCAGGAAUGUCAAAGAAUCAGAGGAAAGAAAUACGAAACGAAUUAUUGCUAUUUGGUGUUGGUUCCUGGAAGGAACUCGUCAUGUUCCAUCGGCGGAGGCGGUGGAUUCACUCCCAGCGCCGCAUUCUUCAGAAGUGCCACAUGUAUGUCAGAAUCUUGUACUCCCGAUGACCUCCCUACACUGUUCAACAAACUUCCAUUGAUGCCAUUCACUGCUUGUGCUGCGUUUUGUUCCAAAUUUCCAGUGGAAAAAGAUUCGGCAUUUUGGGGUUUUUCGGGAUUCAUGGUGGUUACCAUAUCUGUGUUGAUAGUUGCAACAUUUGUGGAUUUCAUUAGACAGUCCCAAGAAAAUGACAGCAAAGUUCCCGGCACGUGGCUGAAAAUGCUUCUGGCAUUUUCAAUUUGGACGAAUGCAGAAGCUUUAUUGUCGGUGAAGGUGCAAAAACCUGGAUUCAUAAAGUGCCUAGACUGUAUCAGAUUUCUCUCAAUGUUAUGGGUAGUCACAGGACAUACAUUUACGUUUCUGGUACCACCAGAUACUCUCCGAUCACUCUCAACAUUUAUGGAACACUUUUGGAAUCACCUCCUUCUCAACGCCUUCGUCUCAGUUGACACUUUCUUUUUACUGUCUGGAAUCGUUGUGGCUUAUUUAUUUUUCAAGCAAAGACCCAAAGAAUCUCAAAUCAAAAGUCCGAUGACUUGGAUUCUGUUCUAUAUUCACAGAUACCUCAGGCUGACUCCUCCUUACAUGAUUUUCAUUGGUUUCUUCGUUGUAUAUGGGCCAUAUGUGCAAGGUCCAUUUUCAGCGAGUCAAUUUAACACUCUAGUUCCCGGUAUCCAAACCUGCCAAACCAAUUGGUGGAGGAAUCUUCUGUACAUCAACAACAUGGGAGGAUCGGAAACAGCUUGCUAUGCUCCAUCAUGGUAUCUGGCAGUUGAUACCCAAAUGUAUAUUUUUGCACCAAUUGUUCUCAUUGGUUUAUACUAUUCGCUGGCUAUUGGUAGUGGUCUAGUAGCUGUAGGCUGUUUGGCUAGUGUGGUGACCGUGUAUCUUCUCUAUGUAAUUUACGACUUGCCAGCUGACUUUUUCGGUAAUGGAAACACAAAUCUUUUGUAUGACAUGAUAUAUCACAAGCCGUGGAUCCGAUGUCCUCCGUACCUACUCGGUCUUCUCGUUGGCUAUGGUUUAGCCGUUUAUGGACAAAAAAAGAUCCGAAUUCAUUGGACGCUUGCUGUGAUUGGAUGGAUAGUGGCUUUUGGUCUUGGGGCCGCAUGCAUGUUUUCUACUUAUGACUAUGACAAGGGGGCACAGUGGAGCAUAUUCGCCCGAGCGUCAUAUUACAACUUCUCUCGAAUAGCCUGGUCUGUUUUUGUCUCUUGGGUCAUAGUGGCUAACCAUUUGGGAUGGGGAGGACCCAUUGACGCAUUCAUGUCUCAUCCGAUUUGGCAACCUCUUGGUCGACUUUCAUACUGUGCUUACAUCGUACACUUUUUCACACUGUUUUGGUAUCUCAACAUCAAUGACUCAAGUAUGCAUUAUUAUUUCACAUUUCAAGUAUUCAUCUACUACGCUGUCCCCGCGUGUAUACUCUCCUACAUUUUUGCUUUCUUCUGGAGUUCCCUGUUUGAAGUUCCGAUUUUGAAAUUAGAGAAAAUGCUGAUUGAGGCAAUAUUGAUGAGAGGAACACAGUCAAAUGAGGAGAAUAGAAACCACGUGGCAAGAAAUGAGGAGACAACAGAAACGGGCAGUUCGGAGAGGCUAAUAAGAUUAUGA